AGUAGCCAUUCGGUCUCGCAGCGAGCGGGCCACACACACCCCUUCGAGUGCUCGAGGAAGUCACCCAUGGCGCCGCUGCGCACACUUCUCGUAUACGGCUCUGAGUCUGGCAACGCGCGGCGCGCUGCCCAGAAGCUUGCGGCGUCGUGGGCUGCGAAGGGAUCGAGUGUGAAGGUCGACGCAGAUGCGAUAUGCGGCAACGACGCUGCGAAGAAGUUUGACUCCUUGAAAGAGGACUACGACGUUCUGGUCAUUCUCACGAGCUCUUUCGGCGAGGGGGAAGCUCCGUCGAACUACGACAAGUUCCUGCUGGCGCUGGCCAAGGGGGCCAAGGCCGAGUCACCGCCUCUGAGGGGAGUGCAGCACGCUGUGCUCGGUUUCGGCGACAGCUCCUACGAGACGUUUCAGAAUUGCCCCAGGCUCUCCGACAAGCUUCUGGAGGGGUGCGGCUCCCGGCGCGUCCACACGCGGCUCGAGGUCGACGCCUCUGCCUCGUGGAGCGCCGAUGCCGAGGAGUCGGCCGCCGCGCAGCGGGCGGAGGAGGAGUGGAAGGACAGCGUGUACGAGGCGAUCAAGGCAUCUCCGAUCGCGUCGGACCCACCAGCGGCGCCCUGGUGCGAGGAGGGCAAGACGGACAAGAUCCACGUGGGGGCUCUUCCGUCCGAGGGUGGGGGCAGCGGCACCUGCGCCGCCAUCGCCGCCGUCGUCGCCGUCGCCGGGCUGGGGCUGUCCUACUUCGCCCUUGGCGGUGGGCAGUAGAGCACUGAUCGGGGCUGCCCUGUUGACCGACUCGGACUGCGCGCGGACAAGAGGCAACGGCCUUCCGUUCGAGAGCCAGGGCGUGGGCCCUAUGCCGUCCCGAGGCUUCCAGCGUCGCGGUCUUCUUCUCUUGCCUGGGCCCCAGAGCUCUGGUCCACGGGCCCAGGCUCUCGUCGCGGGUCGAGUGUUGAUGGUGCUGAGAGGGGGCCGAAAGGCCGCUGGAAGCCCAGACUCUGAAGCACCGAUCGUCGUGUUUUUGUUUGCGACGCCAGAGGUCUGGGCCGUUUUUCCCAAUAGUCCAAAGCGCAUCGUUGACUAGGCGGUGUUCGUGUCGAAGCAGAGCGUUUUCUCUCGCUCGCCACCAGGAGCCGCGAGUCCAGCGGGCGCGAGCCUCUCGGGCGUUCCGCCGCCUCCACCCCCCCUCCUUGGGCGGGCGAUUAGUGGCCCCCGUGAGCGCCGCGCACGCCUGCCCGCCCCCCGCUCUGUACUCGAAAGAGCGGGCCGCGGCGUGGAAGCUGGAGUGCUCCUCCUUUCCAUCCUCCUAGUUGCCCCUCCCUCUUCCUCCUUCUCCGCGUCCUGCUCCUCCUGCUCCUCCUCCUGCUCCUCCUCCUGCUCCUCCUGCUUGUCCCCUCCUGUGCCCGAGUCCGGGGCCAAUGCAGGUUUUUGCCCGCGUUGCCCAGCCCAGUGCACGACGUUCAACAGCCUCCGUGGACCGAAUAUUGGCCACGCUGCUGGGACUCGUUCCUUGUCCGGCUCGGCAAGGAUUCGGUCAGCAGCCCCAUAUUUGUGGAGAGCAGCCCGGCAUGUCGCAUAUUCGUGCUUGACGCCUGCAUGUUCACAAGCUCUGGGAUAGGACUGCCCUUAGUGGGCGUCAAUUGCGAGUCAAAACCGAGGCCUGAUGGACAAGGCGCGGCGUUUGCGGAAGCCUUCCAUCACUUCGAUCUCCCGAGCCUCG